CGCCCGCUCUCUCUCCCUCCCUCCCUUCCUGAGGGGAAUUUGAAAACGGGACGGUCCGGUUUUCCAAGCCCAAGAAGAUUCCUGCUCACCGGGAGAAGGAGAGGAGCCUGACUCUUCCACUCUGUUUUUUUUUUUUUUUUACCGUUACUGAGAAGCAGCGCGGCUGAGUGGCAGGAGCCCGGCCUUUGGGAGCCAGAGACAUGUUUUUAGCACAGAAGAGCCUAUGCUGCCUUGGCAAUAAAGCACAUCUGUUGAAGAUGGUUUCUAUUUCAAGAUUCCUCACACUUUCUACGUGUGCAAAAAUGUCUUCAAAGCUCAAGAAUGCCAAAAGAAUAGAAGGACUCGAUAGUAAUGUGUGGGUUGAAUUUACACAAUUGGCUGCGGACCCCUCCGUCGUGAAUCUUGGCCAAGGUCUUCCGGAUAUAUCUCCUCCUCCGUACGUUAAGGAAGAACUAGCCAAAGCGGCGGGAAUUGAUAGAAUGAAUCAAUACACCCGGGGCUUUGGUCAUCCUCCUCUGGUGAAGGUCCUGGCCUACAUAUAUGGAAGAGUUCACGGAAGACAGAUCGAUCCGCUCAGUGAAAUUCUAGUGACAGUCGGAGGAUACGGAUCUCUGUUCAGCACAAUGCAGGGGCUAGUUGAAGAGAAAGAUGAAGUUAUAAUAAUAGAGCCUUUUUAUGAUUGCUAUGAGCCUAUGGUAAGGAUGGUAGGAGCGACGCCUGUUUUCAUUCCAUUGAGAACCAAAUCUCAGAUCGGAAGCUCAUGGUCAAGUGGUGACUGGAGGUUAGACCCUCAGGAACUGGCCAGUAAAUUUAAUUCAAAAACAAAAGCCAUCAUAUUGAAUACUCCACACAAUCCUAUUGGCAAGGUGUUCACCAAAGAAGAACUCCAAGUAAUUGCCGAACUUUGUAUUAAAUACGAUACCCUCUGCAUCAGUGAUGAGGUUUACGAAUGGCUGGUGUACCCUGGAAAUAAGCAUAUGAAAAUAGCUUCUUUACCAGGUAUGUGGGACAGAACAAUAACCAUAGGGAGCGCUGGAAAGACAUUCAGUGUGACUGGCUGGAAGCUUGGCUGGUCUAUCGGUCCCAAGCACCUGAUAAGACAUUUGCAGACCGUUCAACAGAACACUCUGUACACUUGUGCCACGCCUUUACAAGAGGCUUUGGCUCAAGCCUUCUGGGUCGACGCGAAACGCAUGGACGAUCCCGAGUGCUAUUUUAACUCUCUGCCGCGGGAGCUGGAAGGAAAGCGUGAUCGGAUGGCACGUUUGCUCCAGAGCAUUGGCCUGAAGCCCAUCGUCCCCGAAGGAGGGUACUUCAUCAUUGCGGAUGUUUCCUCACUAAAUGCAGAUCUUUCUGACAUGAAGGAAAACCAACCGUAUGACUACAAAUUUGUGAAAUGGAUGAUUAAAAAUAAGAAACUGGCUGCCAUUCCUGUUUCAGCGUUUUGUAGCUCUGGGACCAGGCUGCAGUUUGAGAAGUUUAUACGAUUCUGCUUCAUCAAACGAGACAGUACGUUGGAUGCAGCCGAGGCAAUCAUCAAGGACUGGAGUAUGCAGAAGUCUUGAUGGACGCUAAAACUUUCAACCGUCCACUUUGAAUUUAUUCCUAACUUUAUAGCAGGAACUAACAGCCGCCGUUCCCGGUACCCGGAUAUUAGUUAGCUAGUUCAGUCACCUAGUAGAUAUUGAAAUCGAGCAUCUCAGUGGCAACUAAGGAAUCAUUUCUGUUUUCCCAAAAUAUUUAAGUCCUUCUCCCUGGCGGAAUAUUCAGGGGACUUUAGAGUUUCUUCAAUGACCACUUCCUAAAACUCUUCAAGCCCAAUUUUUCCAGUGCCCAAAGUCAUUCCCUAGUAGUAAAUGAUCGACUUUUGGGGAGCCCGUCAACUUCUUUAGCAUUGCCCGGGGCAAGCGCCGUAUAUGCAGCCGUGUACUAAAUUGGUCGCCUUCAAUCCCUGCCAACCAUCAUUCACUGACAAUUAUUGGAUGAAGAGCACGGAACUAAGUUCUUGGGCAAGUACGCGGACAGGGAGAGACACAUGUCCUGCCCCGGGCGGUUCGCUUGGGCAUCGAGAGGAUUGAAAAAAUGCCUAUUUGUUCAACCAAAAUGUAGAGACUUUAAAGGAAAAUGAAGCGCCGGUAAUUUAUCGGUUGGGGUGGUCUAGGGGAAAAUGUGAGAAACUGAAAAAUUAGAAAACCGAUCUAAAUUACUAACAGAACUGAAAGUGUAUUUCUUGUGAAAGACUGUUCCAAAAAACAUUUUGGUUUCUAGCACUGCACCAUUGCCCUAGUGAAAUUUCUUCACUCUGCCCCUCAAAUUUAAUUUUUUCUGAUAGUUUCAUAAUAAAGUGUUUAAUCACA